AUGAGGAAAUUACUAUUUAGUUCUGCUGAUUGUUUUUUAAGUGCUUACCAUGGACAUCUGACAUCCCUGAUUGACAUAAGCCCAUAUAAAUUCAGAAAUCUAGAAGGACAAAAGGAAUGGGUCCACGUGGCUCCUGUUCCAGACACAUACAGAGGACUAUACAGAGAGGACCAUGAAGAUCCAGUAACAGCCUAUGCUAAUGAAGUGAAAAAUAUUAUUGAGCAAGCACAUAAGAAAGGCAGAAAGAUUGCUGCGUUUUUUGCUGAAUCUCUGCCAAGCGUCGGUGGUCAAAUCAUCCCACCAGAAGGCUACUUCCAGAAAGUUGCAGAGCAUGUGCACAAGGCAGGAGGUGUAUUUGUUGCUGAUGAAAUUCAGGUCGGCUUUGGCAGGGUUGGCAAGCACUUUUGGGCAUUCCAGCUUCAGGGAGAAGAAUUUAUACCUGACAUAGUCACUAUGGGGAAACCCAUAGGUAAUGGGCACCCUCUUGCCUGUGUAGCAACAACAAAAGAAAUUGCGGAAGCAUUUGCAGCCACAGGAGUAGAGUAUUUCAACACAUUUGGAGGAAACCCUGUUUCAUGUGCCAUUGGAUUAGCUGUUUUAGAUGUGAUAGAGAAGGAACAGCUUCAGGUUCAUGCCACAGAAGUUGGCAACUUCUUGAUGAAGCUACUCACGGAGCAAAAAAUCAAGCACCCCAUCAUUGGCGAUGUCAGAGGUUCUGGCUUAUUCAUUGGAGUGGACUUAAUUAAAGAUCAAGCAAAAAGGACCCCAGCCACAGAAGAAGCAGAGUAUUUAAUAACAAGGCUUAAGGAAGAAUAUAUUCUACUGAGUACAGAUGGGCCAGGAAGAAAUGUACUUAAAUUCAAGCCCCCAAUGUGUUUCACUAUGGAGGAUGCAAAAUUUGUAGUGGACACCAUUGACAAGCUUUUAACAGAUAUGGAAAAAGAACAUCUGAACCAGGAGAAAACCUCCAUUGGCUCAACCUAAGCAGGUUUCAAACAUGUUUCAAGACCUACUACUAAGAAAAUUACUCUGUGAUAAUGUACAGUUAAUCCUCAUCUUAACUUAUCUGGUCUAAGACAUACUAACCUUUGAUUUUGUUAUUUUCAGUUCUCUUAUUAUUAAGUGAAAGCUUUAGGAGAAAUAAAUAUUCAACUGUG